GUCUGUACACAACUUGAACAGAUGUAGAGAGGUGAUUACCUAUUGAGACACCUCUGAAUGAAACUAAUAAACCUGGUACUGAAGAAGUCAGGAUGAAGAGCAUUUCUACAUUUUACUGCCUCCUAUGUGCUACGUGGGCAAGUGCAUCAACGAGGAUCAACGCAGAAGGACCAGAGGGAGGUGAAGUCUCGUUCAAGUGCUCACAUUCUGUUGCCUCGCCAUACACAAAGUACCUCUGCAAGGACCCAUGCAAAGCCAAUGAAGAUAAACUGGUUAGUGUAAAAUCCGGUGGGAGCAAAAUGGAGGGGAGGAUCGUUUUGGAGGAUUCGGGUGAUGGAGCCUUCACUGUGACCUUCACUAAACUUCAGCUUUCAGAUACAGGAAAGUAUUGGUGUGCAGUGGCUCGUCCUGGUUUUGAUACAUAUAUUGAAAUACAUCUCUCUGUAAAAGAAGCGGACCAAAAAGAAACUGUUACAAAUGCUACAACAUUCGUGACUUCUCCCACAUGGACAAACCAAAGUGUUACCAGCUCAAGUGAACUGAUAUUUCAUACAGACACCAGUGCAAACAGUUCACAAGCCACAGUCUUAUACUCGACUAUAGGGGCUAUCGCUCUGCUGAUCAUCUUGCUGCUGAUAAUAAGAUUCAAGAAAUGCAAAGGAAAGUCAAGACCCCAGCCCUGCAACAGAACAAACCUCAACAUGACUGAAAACCAGCAGAAUAACUAUGAUGUGGGUGUUGACAUAGCCACACAGGAUCCACCGAUGUCUGCCUCUACAGCAGAGGAAUCAGCCACUCCCGUCUAUGAAAACAUCGGCUCCUCCAAACCCAGGCCUCCUGUUCGGCCCAGAGAUUCAGCUGGGAAUUCCCAAAACAACCAUGACACCUAUAUUAUUCCACUGCCCACAGUAUCAUAUAAAAGGCAGAAAUGCACAUGAAACACACAUAACUGCAAAGUCUACAAACACAACUCCAUCAGGGAGCUGUGCAGGUGGCGUAUCAUCUCAUCCAGCCGCCGUCUGCAGUGACUCCACCAAAACCAGGUCACUUUGGUUUGGAUUGGAUUUAUCAGGAACAGUGACAGGAUCAACCACUGUCACAUAUUAAUAGAUCAUCUCAAUUUUAACAUUA